AUGGGCCGAGCAAUUGACGGUUCAGCGUUGAGCUGGGCUGAAGCUGAAGAGGCUGCGCCUACUAUUCGCAAAUGGGCUACUGAGCAACUACUUCGUCUUUGGCAUCAACAAAAGAAUCGAAACGACCCUGACCCAUUAUGGGGGGAUGAAAUCGAAUACGCGUUAGUCGACUUGGAUCGCAAAAAUUCACGAGCCACCUUGCUGCUCGAGCAAGAGAAAGUAAUCCGGCAAUGGGAGGCUAGAAAGUUCUGCUUAAGUGAUGCGGCCGCUUUACAAUGGGAGUGGGCAACUUACGUUGUGGAAACCACUCCUGCAGCUCCAUACAAUGGCAGGAUAACAGAUCUAUUGGAAGUCGAAGCAAAUAUGCGGCAAAGGAGGCAGUUGAUAAACCGAUUCCUCUUGCCCCAUCAGCAAGCCAUGUCUCUUUGCGUCUUUCCUCGAGUGGGAGUCGAAGAUAGAUGGACCACUCCCAGCCCACCUAAUCGUCUCGUCUGUCCACUUCCUCGAUAUCAACUGCUGGCAAAAAACGUCCAAAGCCGUCCUCAAGGUCGAAUGAGGACUUAUUUCCCAAUCUCUCGCGAUCACUUAACGUCGAGUCCGUUCCGUGAUGACCCGCCAACGGGAAAAGGAAUUCUUGAACAUCUUUGCUUGGAUGAGCUAGAGAUUGGAACUGGGUGCUGCAGCAUUCAAACCACCUUUCAAGCCGCCAACGAAAGCGAGGCUCGAUGGUUAUACGACCAACUCAUUCCGCUGGGUCACGUCCUUCUCGCGAUGACUGCUGCGACGCCGAUGUGGAAAGGAUACCUUGUUGAUACAGACAUUCGAUGGCAACGUUUUGGAGACUUGGUGGAUGAUCGUCGACCCGGGGAAAUGGAUUUCGUGCCACCCCGUUGGACAUGGAAUCGGACAUAUCUCUCCCUCGAAAAACCACCGAUGCUAGGAGGUAACACCCCUCUGCAGCCUAUGGAUAAGACUAUUAAGAACCGUCUACUGGAAGGUGGCAUGGAUAAUGCACUCGCGGAACAUUUUGCAUCAAUCCUCACCCGCGACCCUCUCCUCCUGACUCGAGCAGACAUGGAAAAUCUGAAUGAGUCAAACACAAGACUUUUUGAGCUUCUUCACGGAUGUGUCUGGCAUCACGUUCGUUUCAAGCCACCUCUCACUGACAAUGGCCCUGGAUGGUGCGUAGAAUUUCGACCGAUGGAGGUGCAGCUGACGGAUUUCGAGAACGCUGCAUUCGCAAUCUUCAUGUAUCUGCUUUCACGAGCAAUCACCACCUUCCAUUUAAACUUCUACCUACCACUUGACAUGGUCGGUGAGUCUUGGGAAAUGGCCCAGAAGCGCAAUGCUGUGGUAGAGGGACGUUUCUGGUUCCGGCGGUCUGGAUGGUCUUCGAAUUUCUACUCGAAUGAUCCAUCCACUAAAUCUACAUGCAAAGAUUCGGGGCAUCGUCAACGUGCCGAGGAGGAGUACGGGCUCAUGACUGUGCAUGAGAUUAUCAAUGGUGAAAGCAUGUCCGGGGGUUUCCCCGGGUUGUUAGCCAUGGUUUGGCAGUAUCUUGAUUAUACCGAUGUUUCCACUGCCGAAAAGGCCAAGCUCACACCGUAUUUGGAUCUCAUUGAGCGACGCGCAAACGGCACCGAUCCAACUCCGGCUUCUUGGAUGCGAGAAUUUGUCUGCCGGCAUGAGGAUUAUAACCGCGACAGCUAUGUUAGUGAAAGAGUUUGUUAUGAUAUGAUGGAAGAGGAAGAAGAAACUUCUAAAGAGUUCUUGUAA